AUUUCAUUUCUGGGACGUCACUGGUGGGAGGAGGAGCGCGAUGACUGGGUUAAAGUUACUUACAACUGUUAUACUUUGUUCUAGGCACGCUUUCUGCUGUUCAUCGCUCGGGCUACGCGUCUGGCUUGAAUAAAACUUCAAGACUACGUUUUGCAGCCGCUCUGUGUGACCUACCAUCUCUGAGCCAUGUUGAUAAUCCUGGCUUUCAUCAUCCUCUUUCAUGUAAUCUCAGCUAUCCUGCUCUUCAUUGCAACGCUACAUAAUGCCUGGUGGGUAUCAGGAAAUGUCUAUACUGAUCUGUGGUACUCCUGCAAUGACAGUUCUUGCUAUCCCAUUGAGAACAGCCACUCCAGUACAGCAGGCUACCUCCAGGCUGUCCAGGCAACAAUGAUACUGGCCACUAUCCUAUGCUGUGUUGGUUUCUUUGUGUUCAUCCUGCAACUUUUCCGUCUGAAGCAAGGAGAGAGAUUUGUCUUUACUGCUGUUAUUCAGCUGAUGUCUUGUCUUUGUAUCAUGAUAGCAGGCUCGAUUUAUGCUGCUCAGCAUGAAAGCUUCCAAAAUGCGGAUUUCAAAGACGGAACAUUCGGCUACUCCUUCGUCCUAGCCUGGAUUUCCUUCCCCGUCUCUCUGUUUGGCGGGCUUAUGUAUUUUAUGCUAAGAAAGCGCAAAUAAAUCACCUCAACCAAACACCUCACUUGGAGUAACAAACUGCGACUAAGCAAAUUCUAGAGACAAAUGAAUACAUAUUGUACAGUAUAUACUUUCAAUGUAUAAUGAAAUUAGUGUUAAAAAACAAAAUACAUACUACAAAAUACUGAUUUUUAAAAUAGUAGCAUACCGGAAAUAUAUUAAAUGGUAGGAAUGGUAUUAUGUAGAAUAGCAACCCUUAAAUAUAUUUUUACCCCAGUCUGUGAAGACAUGUUAUGCUGUGAUGAAAAGGCUUAGAAGUUGUGGAAUGUUAUGAAGAUUUGUAAACAAACACACAAAUGUUAUGAUGGAAAAUAUAUUUGUUUAAAAAACAGAUGUAACAUUAAAGAAACUGACACUCUGUUGCUUAGUUGAUUGAACCCAAGUUGAACCUAAGCUGAUGGGUUAGGUUGUGUAACAAGGGCCUGAUUUAUGAUUAUAUAUUCCCAGACAAAUAUAUGGCGGUAAUUCAUUAUUUCCCAAAAAAGUACAAUAAAAUAUGCUGCCACAUUUGCAGAUCACUAGAUCUUUCACUUCCUUGAAAAUGACAGUAAGUGCAGAUGUUUUGUGUUUUGUACAUUCUGUACAACUUUUAUAAAAAUUAGUUCCAUUCCAUAAAUCGUACGUAUGUGAAUAUUGUCAAAUUGUUCUAGGCCAAGUUAAUGUAGCUGCAAUGGUUGUACAUAUUUCAUAUGUUUGUUUUUUAACAUAGGAUGGUUGUGAAGAUAUGUGAAGUAGGUUAAUUAUUGGCUUAAAAUAACACUUUGGAUUAUGUUUUUAGUGGGCAUACUUGUAUCCCAAGCCAUUAAAAGGCAUCCAAGUUAGUGCAAAAGCAGUGUGUGUGUGUGGGGGGGGGGAAUUAUACAAUUGGAAAUUAUACAAUUACACAGAAAGACCCCUUGGCAAACUUUAAACGAUGUGAAAGUUGAAUCAUUUGGAGUCGUUAUUGAUUUAUUCAAAUAUUUGUAGUCUUAGUCGGAUAGUGGAUUUAUGGCAAAGAAAAACCCUUACAUAUAUUUAUUUUGUAGACUGAAGCAAUAUUUUGCUGCUGAUAUUUUUGUAAUGAAGUAUUAUUUCAGUAAGCUUGAACAUUUUAAGAACUGAUAUAUGCCUGUAAGUUUUUUAUUUGUUAACUUUGAAGUUUUCAUAGUUGGAAAAAUAAAAGACAUCUUUUCAAUGAUUAUAUUUCAAAAUUGGUCCAGAUGUGUACCACUGCAUGCUUAUCAGAACUCUGACAGUGACCAAAACUAAGGUUUGUACAUUUUUGUGAAUCAGAUUAAAGUGAUUUUUAUGACAAGGA